AUGCCUUCAAUCUUAUCAGUCUCGUGUUUUGUGGCGGUUGUGUUGCUAAUGGUUGGAGAUGUCAAUUGCGAUCUAGUUGGGCAUGGCAGGCAUGAGCUGGAUGGUGAGGAGAUCACAACUUUGAAGGGGAAUACAAUGAUAGCUGAAAGCGAGACAGACCUUGAACUUUACAAUAAAAUGGAGGGGGCUUGCAAUGUUACUAUGGACGGGGAUGGAAAUAUCCUGCUUUGGUAUGACGAGAAAUUAAAGGAUAAUGGAUGCUCGCUGGAUUUGGUCACAAAAAAUGAUAAUAUAUUUGGCUUGGCAUUUACCAUUUCGGACAAUGAUAUGUUAACCUGCCUUACCUUUUCUACUCUUGACAAUAUGAUGUUUUUCACCUUUAGCCUGAAAGUGGAUGAAUUUGAAAAGCUCAAAAGAGAUGGACAUAUUUAUGGCAAAAACUGCAAUAAAUCUUCACGCGAAUGCAAAAACAUCAAAUGUUUGGAGGUAUAUGACUACGCUAUUGGGUGGAACAAAGUUGCUCUUUUCCUUUAUUUAAUUGGUGAUCCUAUAGUUUUACGUUCAGAAAGCAAAAUAUCUGAAGUUUGGUCAUCUCCACUAUUUUUUGGAAAGUUACAUAAUUUUACAAUAAAUAGAAUAAAUGGACUUCGCCCAAUGUGCUCCAAGAAUGACACUAGGCGCGAACCAAAGGCAUGGAAAAUUGUUGACAAUAAUUACUACAAAGAAACAGAAUUCAAAUAUCUUCUUACUUUUCACAUUCUGCCGGUAUCUAAAAUGCGUGAUAAGAUGGAGGACGCAUUUUGUAAAAAAGAUUACGCAUAUGACUGCAGUGGAAAUGAUAAAAUGCAAAAAUGUGCAAAUAUAUAUGUGAAAUUUGGAAAGGACCACUACAAAUUACUUGUCCCUUAUAUUCCAACAACUACAGUAAAUACUUCAACUACCCAAAAAUUCAUUUCCACAACAACAACAAAAACAGUCACAACGUCUUUUGGAUGGAAUACUACAAAAACAACAAAUCAUUCUUCAACAACUUUAACGACUAAACAAACAUCUAAAACUAAAGAAAAUUUAAUUAAAUUCAUUAUUGGGUUUUGCCUUAUAUUCUUUGUGUCAAUAUUCAGUUGCUUUCUAGUAUGUUGCUGUGUGUAUUGUAUCAAAUCUAAAAAGAAAAAUAAACAAAAACCCAAAUCAAAUCUGGAUAAACAUAGAAGGUCAAAUCCAUCCAAAAUUCACGUUUCGAAGCCUAAUCCGCCUCCAAUUCAACUAAAUCCUCCUCCAAUCCAAGCAAAUCCUCCUCCUGUCCGAACAAAUCCAAACUUGAUCAAAUUCAAAAAAUCAAAGAUGACAACUGUUUCGAGGCCAGAUAAACUUCCAUUCAGAGAUUCAAACGAAGAUGUUGCAAAAAUUAAAGUUGUCAAACCUCCAAGUACUCUAACAAAAACAGACUCUCCGUCAACGGAAGACUAUACUUAUAACCAAACUUUAACAAACCAAACAAUGAUGUGGACGUAUAAAGAACCGCCGGAAAAGGUUGUUGAUAAAGAUGAUGAUGAAUCAACGAUUAAAAAAUAA